AUCGAAAGAAAGAAGACAAGUUACAAGAUGCAGAUUCAUUAGAUGAUUGUGAAUUGAUCCAACAAGAUAGUUCUAAAAUCUUGCCUGAAGAAGAUAUCACCCAUGCCACAAUCGUGGUUGAAAGUUCUGAGUCAGUACAACAUAAAAAUCAUAUUGAAAUUGACUAUCUUGAUUUGGGGGACUUAAUCGAACAGGAAAUUCAAGA